AUGAAAGGCCACAAAUCAUCACAAGAACUAUGCGAAAUUAUCAUCCGAAUGCUACCACUCCUUGACACGUCCAAAAUCAUGGCAUACACUGGUGCAAGCAAAUCAACAAUAGAAAAGAUUGCGCAAUGCUAUCAAUUGACUGGGAAGCCAUACAAAGAAAGCCGGAGUGGUGGUAGAGCUCGAAUAAUGGACUUGGAAGAUAUCGAGACGAGCUCCGUGAUGAGAUUAGCAAUGCUCGCGGGAAAAACCUGUCAUUAUCCACGAUCUGGCGAACGCUUCAUCGCACGGGCUACUCAAGGAAGAAGAUUACUCGAGAAGCGAGAGAGCGGAAUGCUGAUAAACGUGCUGAAUUCAUGUAUCGGAUUGGCCUCCAGUAUCGGCCUGAUCAACUCAUAUUUGUUGACGAGAGCUCCGUAG